UGUACCUAGGUACCUAAGCUACAAGCCACAAUCCACAAGCCACAAACUCUAAACAUCCAUGGAUGGAUGGAUGGAACCAUUGGUGGUUCGUCGACAGAGGCGCAGCUUCAUUUACUCAGUUCAUAUUCAAACUUAAGAUGGCUAUACUCAGACAUGCCAUGAAACAAAUAUAUCCAAGCACUUCUAAUGCUUCUAAUGCUUCUUUUAACUUCCCCUUCACGAUUAAAAGCUUAUAUCUAAUCUUGAUUUGAACUUGUACCUGGCACCCUAUCACUCAGUUCUUGUUCCUCGUCCUUCAUUCUUCAUUCUUCAUUCCUCAUUCCUCAUUCCUCAUCUCACCAUCUCACCAUCUCAUAUCAUAAUUAACCACUAUCAUAAGACCUACCUUAGGUACCUAAGAUAAGGUAAUAAAAACAUCACCGAGAUGUCUUCACGAGGGAAUCAGCGAAGAGGUCCAAAUCGGAACAGCGAGAUCGGCGAGCACGGCGAGGAAUUGCCCAUGUGGAAAGACAUCAAGGACAAAGGCACUGCUAUCACCAAUGCCUUCAAUGACAGCAGUUCCAACGUCAACAAGAUUCGCGACCAGGAGAAGCUCAUGGCCGAGAAGAGGACCAAAGGCGUCCUCACUGUAGAAGACUAUAAUACACUCGAUGACUUCUACCGUAAGGGUGUAAAGGCCAAUGAAAUCGCUAGUCAAGCCAUCGUCGAAACAAUCGAAAAACUCAAGGUACUACGUGCCGUGCAGAAGGCCAAGGAGGAGCAGCAAGAGGUAAACACCUCGAGAGUCCAGCGGGCUAAGGAGUCAGCCGCUGCUGCCUCUUCUCUAUAUGACUUUGACGGAUCUGGCGAGUCGUCCGUCCCGUCUCCAAACCCCACCAUACGCCGUAUAAAUAAUAAUAACAAGGGUGACCGUGACUCAGUCCCCCCUAGGGAUCGUUCUACUCCGGCAACCAAGGCGGGGAGCGCCGAACCGCAAGCCGGACCCUCUUCUAACUCCAUCCGUACCAAGCAGACAUUCGCCAAAGACGAUGAGGUCGCUUUCAAGCCGAAGCCCGUAAGUAACGAGCAGACGGACUGGAUUCUAGGCAUCGUCCAGGAUGUGCGCGGCGACGGAAAGACGAGGCGGUACAGGGUUCUCGACGCCGACGUGGACGAGAAUGGUCACCAAAAAGAUUUCCGAACUUACGCUAGCAGCAUGAUCCUUAUCCCUAGAGAAGGGACUGUGCUGCCGCCAUUGGAGACGGGUAAGACGGUGCUGGCGCUUUAUCCCAAUACUACCACGUUCUACAAAGCCGAGGUUAUGGGGAUGGAUGGCGACGGGAAGGUUAACUUGAAAUUUGAGGGCGAGGAGAGCAGCAAUACAAUGCAAGCCGUCAUCCGUCGACACGUUGUGGAAUAUCGAGGUUGAGAAGAGCGAGUUUUGCUAGAUUGAUUGAUUAAGGUUAGGAGUCCAGGCUGAUCGGAUGGGGCCCGAUCUGGAGUUACUGGUUCUUCAGGAAUUCAAUUUUUAUAUGAUUCUGUAGUUAGUCUACGAAUGGGGUAUGCGGGUUGAAUUCGGAUUUUAUCUUGAUGUUUACUUGGGCGAUAAAAUGGCAUCGUAUACUCAAACAUACCUAAUUAUUGAACUAGUAGGCUUCUGAUGUUCCCUUUUGUAUAUACUGCCUUUUACAACGUAUUCAGGCUGGAAGAAUAUAUUACCACUAAAGAGACGGAUUUGAUUUGAACUUCGACUUGUAAGGGUCAUGAUACAUGCUUACUAGGUGUAAGUCGCAACACCAUAUAAUCAGAUCUACGACUCAAGUUUAACAACUUGAAACGCUUCUUGGCCAUGAUAACACCCAACCCAUCAGGUGGGUAGGUAAAGGAUGAAUUUUGUGAUUCAGGUUGAAUUAGACCCCAUAGUCUGGUGUCUUUCUGACGAUUCAGUAGCCUGCCAAGUAACAGCUAGCCUUAAGCUGAAAGAGGUCGAACCCAAUGAGUUGAACAGCAAGGAUAUAAUCCCAAAUCGUUAGCUGUGUCGCUAUUAACAUAUCAAAUCUCAAUACGGGCUUAUAGAUCUAAGAUAUCACUUAUAGAUAGGUAUGCAGUGCAUUUCCAUCGAAGGAGGGGAAAAGGUAAG